UUUAUAUUGUUUAAUAACAGAGUAUUACACCAUCUCACUAUUAGUUAUACACAUUUACAUGAAUAUGUAUUAUAUGUUUUUAAAUAACUUAAUUGAUAUGAAUUUAAUGUAUGGAUGGAAAUUUUUUAUUCUAUGGAAUUUUUCCGCGGGAAGAAUCCGUGUAACUAGUAUAUAUUAUUUAAUAAAUUAUAAAAAUGGCUGAUCUUAUGAAUAUAAUAAAUCGUUUAAGGGAAGCAACAUCAUCUGCAAGAAAAGAAUGUGAUAUUCAGAUAAAUAAAACUGUUAAUGAAAUGACCAGGGACCUGAAGGAGAAAAUAAUAAAACACAGAGAUUCCCAAAUUAAAUUAAUAGAGGAGUCAUCCAAUAAUUCAGAAAAGGAGCUUGAGGAAAUAAAGAAGGAUUUAGAUGAGAAUCUUCUUGAAUUUAAGAAUAUAGAAAAUGAAUUAUCAAAGCUAUUUGAGCAUCAUUUAUCGAUGAAAAAUAAUUAUGAGGCCAAGAUUAAUUUUAUAGCCAACAAAUAUAAGAAAAACAGAGUUAAACAAAACCGAAUUAACAAAAAAGAGUUGGAACAUCUUGAAAAACAACUGAAGAAAAAACUUAUAGAGAAGAUGAAGAACUGCAGGGCAAUGAUGCUAAAACCAGAUGAAACUCUCAUAAAAAUUAAUAAAAUGCUCAGUGAAAUAGACAUACCAUAACACAUUAAUAUUCGAGUAUAAUUUAUUAGUAAAAAAUAACAAAAAUUAACCACAAG